GACAGACAGACAGGCGGACAGACAGGCAGUAAGACACCCGGCUUCUCCUCACAGUCCACGUGUGUUACUGUUCUAACUUUUACCCGCCACCAUUUUCCUGGAAUCCCGUCCGCGAGCGUAUCACUCCGCCGCUUCGACUCAAGAUAGUCCCCCGACAUCGCUGUGGAAUUUAAAGUAUCCGCACCUGUUCCGGGUUUUCCCGCCUGGACUCGAUCGGAACCAUGACCGACCGUGGUCACGCAGGCGGCGGUUCCAAAAGCCGCCAGCAACCCGGUGUGUAUUUUCACGUUUUGGCGCGGUUUUGCAGCGGAAGGACACCGGCGAGUGGCGGCGGCGUAUAAACAGUGCGGCGGCGCCGGACCACACCUACUGUCUGAUAGAGGGUGCAGGACAAACACUUCCACACACACACACACACACACACACCAUGCUGCCGCGCUCCAACUUUAAUUUUACACGCAGGAAAACUCCCACGAGCCGGUUGUCGUAGCUUCGUCUCGCCCUCUGUGGACUUAACUGGAUAUUCCCGACAUUUUUUUUGUCCAUUUUUCCUCUUCUUCACUUUUGAAUCGCUCGUGUGUGAGAGGACACUUGAAGAUCUUCUGCAGUCAAACAUGUUGCAAAGCUUCGCUCAGUCGCAGGACUGGCUCUCCAACGAGCCGCUGCUCUUUGACGACGAGUUCUGCCAGAGUCUGAUGAAGGACCUGCAGUCGCUGCCGACGCCGCCGCAGUCUCCACCGAUGAAGUGCGGCCUGGGCGGCGCCAAGCCGCUGUCCAAGGAGGACCAGCUGAGCUACGUGUCGGACAUCCUGCUGGAGGACCACGACAUGCAGCUCAACUGGAACUGCGACUUCUUCCGCCACUCGGCCGCGGCGGAGAAGGAGGGCGAGCCCAGCCAGCCGUGCUCGCCGCUGGAGGAGAGCGGCGAGGACUGCCUGUGGCGCUGCCUGGUGGCAGACAAGAAUCUGGAGGAGAAGCUGGUCUCGUCUGUGCUGGGCUCCAGCCCGCUGCUGUCUGACAUUGACACCAGCAUCUUUGAGGAGAUCGCCGGGUCCACGCUGGACUGCCAGAACCUGAUGGACACGCAGGAGACCAGUGAGGCCACGUCGGACUAUGGGUCCACCGGCGGCGAGCUGUCCAACUUCUCAUCCAGUGACUCUGAAGAAGAAAUCGACGUGGUGACGGUCGUGCGCUGUCCCUCUAGCCCCUCCCCCAUGCCCUCAUUGGCUGAGCUUUCUGUGCGGCAGAAGAAGCGGGAAGAGGAGCAGCGCGCUCUACAGCGCCACCACAAUGAGAUCCAGCUGCAGCACAACUACGCGGCGCCUUGUCCGGCCUCGCCGCCGCCGUCCUCCUCGUCCCACAAGCGUUCGCGGGGCGGCGACGGCUCGCUGCGCUUCCACCACUCGUCCCGCAGCUCGUCCUCCUCGUCGUCGCGACUCCACCACCACUCCACCCGGAACUCGGCCGAGGCGGAGGAUGAGGAGGAGCGGCGGCGGACGCACAACGUGAUGGAGCGGCAGCGGCGCAACGAGCUGAAGAACUGCUUCGUGCAGCUCCGCGACAACGUUCCCGAAGUGUCGCACAACGAUAAGGCGUCCAAGGUGGUGAUCCUGAAGAAGGCCAGAGACUGCAUCUACAGCCUGGAGGACGAGUCGCACAGACUUCAGUCCCGCAGAGACAAACUGAGAGCCCGACAGGACGCGCUCAAAGCCCGGCUGCAGCAGCUCCGCAGCUAAUGCUCCUCCAACGUCUUUGUUUUUGCUUUUUGAAGAGACGAUGAGCGCGGGCUGGACCAAUGAAAGGACUGUACAAAGACAGAGGACACGGUGUCAGUGUUACGCCGAGGAAAGCGCACAAAGUUUGACAUUUCGAAGACUUGUGCGACGCUGCGUGGACAGACGGACAAACACACUCAUUGCCUCAGAGCGGAUCAUUGAGCGCCUCGACUGCUGACUGUUGUAGAACGUUUUUAAUGUUUAAAGUUGAAACAAGGACAGAGGAAGCUAGUAUUUAAUGUAAAGUUCUUUUAUUUUCCGCAGGACGCACACUGAGAAGCAAAGAUGAUGGAAUCUUUUUAUGGUCAGAGUAACUCGUAGACGCCGCCGCUGCUCAGUAGCUGAACGAAACUUGAAUGUUGUUUUUCAGGAUGUCUUCUAUUCAAUUAUAGCCAUACUAACCAGAGAUCCCUCCACUCUGACGGAUCCACCAGACGAGGCUCCUCAGUGUGCGUCUGGCCCUCAGGCUCGGACCCUCGGGGCCCAAACACCACUCAGUUAUCAGGUUCAUGUGUGUCGGUGACGGGAACCAGGUCUGGUACUGUCACCCGUAACAAGGCUUCGGCCGCUGUUCAGUUCACCUCCGAGAGACUGUGAGUGAGUGAGUGAGUGAGUGAGUGAGUGAGUGAGUGAAACCAAAGUUUCUGUUGCCAUGUAAACCACUCACUCUCCCACAUCAAAGUUGAAAUCCUUUCGUUCAGAUUUACCGCAGUGACUCAAAGUGACCACACGAGGCAGCAGUGGACCAGCAGCUCCUGGAUCCCUGUGAGCUGAAAGUGUUUGGUUUGGGAGAUUAAAAAAAAAAAGGUGAUUAACAAUCCAACAUGGUGAACAUAGGAAAAGCUCGUUCAGGUUUGAGGAGACUGAACUGCGAGUCGAGGCCGUCGUAGCAAAUUAGCCAAAGUCGUAAAAGACGUAUAAAUAAACACGAACCUCUGGAUGUUUUGAUUCUUGCAUGUCUGACGGUGACCGGGUUAUUUUUAAUUUAAAGGUUCUGAUUUGGAGGAAGCUGCAAAAAAAGCGGUGAUACUGUGACAUUUAGGCUCCACCCACACCACUGCGUCACAGCUUGAGUGUGGGCGGAGCCUCACUUUGUGUAGACCGUCUGUCUUGUUGAGUGUAAACAAAGAAGGUAAGAGGUGGAAGUUUUAGUUUUUUCUUGUUAUGGUGAGACAAACGUAAUAACCUGCUGGAAACAUGAAACAUGAAUCUGAUUCUUCAAACUUUUCUGUACGUGGUACAAUCACAUCUGUACGGAAAAGGAUUAGGACCAAAUGUAAGAAGAAAAUGACUUAUGACUUUUGAUUAUUUGUGAAAAAGAUCGUAAUUCGGAGAGAAAAUCUCAGAAUCUGACUUUUCUCUGAGUACUUUGUAAAAUCAGAAUUCUGACUUUUCUCUGAGUACUUUGUAAAAUCAGAAUUCUGAGAAAGUUGUAAAGGACUUUGUCAGAUCUUUGCUUCUUCAAUCUUAGAGUUUUUACUUUUUUCUGACAAUUGGUUAAUGUCGGAAAUCUGAGAAAGAAUUUAGACUUUAAUCUCAGAAUUCUCCGAAAAAGUUAAAAAAAAUUCUCUCUUAGAACUUAGAUUUCCUGGGGGAAAAGAAUUCUGAAUUUUAUCCCAGAAUUCUAAAGGUUUUUUUUUUUUUUUUUUUUAAAUAAUUAAGAGAAAAAAAAUUCAAAUUCUAGAAUUUUGACUUUUCUGUCUUUUUCUGACAAUUGGUUAAUGUUGGAAGUCUGAAAAAGUGGUGAGAAAUUUAAGAGUUUUGACUUUAAACUCAGAAUUUUGUCUUAUUUUUUGGCCCUAAAUCUCUUCCGUAGAUUUAAAAUGACGUAGAUCUAAAAUGACGUAGACUUAAAACCAACAUUCCCCCAUUUUAUAAAAAAAAUAAACCAUGGGCGUCCACGUUUUAUGUUUUUACUUAGUUUUUUGGAUCAAAUACGAGCUUUGAUGCCAAGUAACAUUCAAAGUGUUUUGGCUGCUGUUGACUUUGAUUGUAAAUAUGAAAUAUUUCGAUGAUUGUGCUGUUUUUACAGUGAAUGUUUGCUUGUUUGUGUCAAAUGUCUUAAAAAAAUGCACCUGUGCUUUUUUUGGUUGUUUUCCUGACUCGAGUUCUUCCGCCUUGGUUUGUACUUGAACAGUUGGUGGCGCUAACGCCGCGGCGGGUGCCGUCGUGCCUCAGAAUCUGUUUGCGACUUCUUCCUUGUUUUCCUUCGAUUCCGCCGCAGCGUCGUCGUCGUCUUCCGAAUUUCUUAACGACUAAAAAAAAAAAGGGUUUUUUUAACGACGACGCGGCGGCGGUGGCGUUUCGUUAAAACCUACCUCCACCUGGCUGCAGUCUGGCCUGUUUCUGUUUUUAAAUAUUGUACAGUUUUUGUAAAAAAAAAUAAAACUAUUUUAUGUAAA